GUGGGGCGCAAAACUUCGACAGCGCGUUUGGGGCACCUUCGCUGCUGAGUUCCUCAUUUGUUCUUUUGCGCAUUGAAAGCGGGAACGAAUGCCGUUGAAUGAACGGGCCAGCUAUAGCCUAACUCGGAUUUCUCUGCAUUUUAGUGAACCACUUUAAUAAUAAAGAACAACUGCUCCAAAGUCUACAAAGUACUUGGAUUGGAUAGCUCGAAAUGUUUAUUCAGACGGGGAUGCCUCAUUGACACACAAUGCUUCUUGAAAUCACUGGCAAAUGGUGGAGAUGGAAGGUCCAGCUCUUUCUCCCGUUCGCGCUGCACUUGAUUCACCUCCAACAGUCAGUGAUGAGUUGCGCAGACAACUGCAAUCUGGUCCUCACCAAUGUGCAGGGAGGCUUCACGUCGCCACGCUACCCCUCUGACUACCCCCAGAGUUGCUCUUGCAAGUGGACGUUACUGGCUCCCGCCGGAUUUAUUGUGCAGAUUCACUUUGCGGACUUUGAGCUUGAGGAGGCUCUGGGGUGUAUCUAUGACAAGGUUAUAGUGAACACGGGACCCAGUCAGGAGAUGAGGUUCUGUGGCCUCACGGCCAACGGACUGACACUUAAUUCAAGUGGGAAUUUGAUGGAGGUGUCCUUUAACUCGGACUUUAGCGUCCAAAAAAAGGGAUUCAGUAUCACUUACAAACAAGUUGCCGUGGCGCUGCGGAAUCAGAAAGUGGCUCUACCGGGCACGCUCAAGGAUGUUGUGAAAGUAUCGAGUGGAGUGUCAUUGCUUCCUCUUAGCCAGUUCACUGUGUGCUUUGAGAUUGCUCGUUCGGGCGACAGGAACGUUGAAAUGAUUUUUUCCGUCAGCUCUGGAUCUGGAUAUGGCUUGGCUUUCGGCAAGACCAAGUCAGGGAUGACACUCAUCAUCAACAGUCAGGAAUGCUCGAUAAACGGCUUCAUAAAGAGCACAGACAUAACCUCCACCAUGAAGACCUUGUGCCUCACAUUUUCCAGUGAUACAGGAAGGGUGAGCUUACAGUUUGAGGGCAACUACCGAAGUAAGGUUUGUAGCAAACUCAAACAGGAGGACGCCAAAUUCCAAGGCCUUCAGUUGGGCGCAGCGGUAGCUGGAAGUUCAAGUUCGAGUUCAAGUGAGGAAUCGGAUGAUAUCGAGAGCUUUGAUGGUUUCAUUUACAACUUCAGACUUUGGAGUCAGGCCAUGACCUCUUCAGAACUGUCCUCCUUGACCUGUGAUUCAACAGGAGACCUAAUAGACUGGGACAAUAGCUUCUGGGAUAUCCCAUCCUCCUAUGCACGCACAGAUGCCAGUCUGAGCUGCAACUGCUUCCCUUCUUGUGUACAUUUGUCAACCCCUCCAUCUAGUGGUACGUCAACACCUACCUUGCCCUCGGAGACCACCACCAGCUGUUCCUACCCUAAUCCAGGUUGCCCAGCAAAAACAUCACCAGUGUUGAUCACCACUGUUGUGCCAGCCAUCACACAUCCCAGCACAAUCUCUGCCACAAGCACCUUGAGCACUACUGUUAAUGGCCGUACUUCCACUACUACUAACCAGAGUCCUCAGGAAACAUUCUUCAGAAUCAGCCUGUCUGCCACCACUGCUGAUGUGGAUUGGAGUGAGGCAGACGUGAAGACGAAUCUCACAGACUGGCUCAAACAGACACUCCAGGGAGCUCAAGUGAACGACACCAGAGUCCAACCUGAUGGGGUUUCUCAGCUGAAGAGCACAACUGUAAGGUUCAACUGCCAGGCGCUUGUCGUGUUCAAGAUGAUCGUUGACGAGAUGGAUAUAGAAAAUAGUUUGAGAAAUUCGAAGACAAGUGGACUGGACGUAGAGGCCGGCACAAUUAAAGUGAAAACUGUUGAAUAUUGUCCAGCUGAAGAAAACCCCUCUCACUACAAGUGGCCUAAAACCAACCCCACAGAGACUGUGGAUGUUCUCUGUUUCCCAUACAAAGAACAAAAUGCAUCGAGGACUUGCUUGAUCAAUAUGAAUAAUUACACAGCAUCUUGGACUGAACCUGAUCUCACUAACUGCACAGAUAUAGAUGAAAUCAAAGUUUCUGAAGAGAACGCGGCAGAAGUGGCUGUGCAGUUGGCAGACAUCAGUACCAAUGAGCUGUCAACCACAGAGGUGACAAAGGUGGUCACGAAAGUGAAAGAGCUGGUGGCUGUGGCCCGGAUCAACGCGACCCUAGCUGGCACUGUGCUCGACAUCAUCUCCAACGUCAUGGCAACCCCUGUCCCGACACAGGCCGCUACUUCCGAAACUGCUUUGCGAGCUGUGGACCAGUUGGUCCAGAAGAUUGAGUUUGAAGGCCCGAACUUUAACAUCUCCACCAAGAAUCUGGCUCUGGGUUUGUCGGCGCUUAAUGCCACUGAGUUUAAUGGGACCACCUUCAGCGCUUUUAUUUCACCCAAUACUACAGAUCCCCAGAUUGCAUUUGAAACAGAAGCUCAGAAUCCCCUGGCUGUAGUCAUUCUACCAGCAACAUUACUGAACAACUUAUCUAUUGCACACAUAGAAGCAAUUUCCAGGAUUAACUUUAUUUUCUUCAGCAAGACUGGCUUUUUCCAGGAUGAUGUUAGAGAUGGCUUGUCUUUGAACAGCUAUGUAGUUGCCAGCAGUGUUGGCAAUUUAACUAUCCGGAACCUCAGGGACCCUGUGCGAAUAGAGAUUGCUCAUCUGCAACACAAGCCAGAAUCUAAGCGGAGCUGUGUGUUUUGGGAUUUCACUAUUAAAAAUGGAACAGGAGGCUGGAAUAGUGACGGUUGCCAAGUGAGCCCAGACUCCAGUGACAACAGGACUGUGUGUCUCUGUAAUCAUCUCACUCACUUUGGGAUAUUGAUGGAUAUAUCGAGAACUUCAGCCCAAAUUGAUUACCAGAACACAAGGGUUCUCACAUUUAUCACCUAUAUUGGAUGUGGUGUCUCUGCUAUCUUUUCUGCAGUUACCCUUCUCACCUAUAUUACUUUUGAGAAAUUGCGACGGGACUACCCGGCAAAGAUCCUGAUGAAUCUGAGCACGUCCCUGUUGCUUCUCAACAUGGUGUUUCUCCUGGACGGCUGGCUGGCCUCGUUUGGCAUGGAAGCCUUGUGCAUCACAGUGGCGGUCUUUAUGCACUUCUUUCUGCUGACCUCCUUCACUUGGAUGGGCCUAGAGUCCAUUCACAUGUACAUCGCUUUGGUCAAGGUCUUCAACACGUACAUCAGAAGAUAUAUCUUGAAGUUCUGCCUAGUCGGAUGGGGACUUCCUGCUGCCAUUGUCUGCACUGUAGUAGCCAUUGAUAAGCACUCUUAUGGGAUGGAGUAUUACGGGAGGGAUGACAAUGGACAAGAAUCAUCAAAGUUCUGCUGGAUCAGGAGCACCACGGUCUUCUACGUGACGUGCGUGGGCUACUUCUCCGUCAUCUUCCUCAUGAACGUGGCCAUGUUCAUCGUCGUGAUGAUCCAGAUCUGUGGCCGCAACGGCAAGCGCAGCAACCGCACCUUGCGUGAGGAGGUUCUGCGUAACCUGCGGAGCGUCAUCAGCCUCACCUUCCUGCUCGGGAUGACGUGGGGCUUUGCUUUCUUCGCCUGGGGCCCCGUCAACCUGGCCUUCAUGUACCUCUUCUCCAUCUUCAACUCACUACAAGGUCUGUUUAUAUUUGUCUUUCAUUGUGCUUUGAAAGAGAAUGUGCAAAAACAGUGGAGGAGGUACUUGUGUUGUGCACAACUACGUCUGGCUGACAAUUCAGAUUGGAGCAAUACCAAAACCAACAAUACCAAAAAAGUCAGCUCUGACAACCUGGGGAAAUCCCUGUCAUCCAGCUCCUUCAGCUCCAGCACGGCCAACUGGACCUCGAAAGCAAAAGCCACUUUAAAUCCUUUUUCUAACUAUAACAACAGUGCAGGACAUCUUUAGCUGCUGUUAUCAGGCCAGAGAAAACACCUCUUCAGGGGAUCCUCAUAGGACUCAGCGUCCAGCCCACCAUGUUUGCCUUUGCUUCCAUAUCUGCCGUGACAUUAGGCUACACUACUGUAUGUCCUUGUUAGCUACUUGUGUUUCACUCAAAAAUGCGGUUUCUACUGUAUAUCUGUGUUUGACUCAUCAUAUGGUGAAUGCUGGCUGGCAGAAUCUUCACAUGUACAUUGUACGAAAUCCUUACCAAUGAGCUACAGUAUAUACUGUACGUAUAUUGUUGUGGAAUUAAUGUGUGUUAUGUAAUUAAAAGAGAGAAAUGUAAGGGAUUUCAUUGGUGUUCUGUGUUGUAAAUGUGUUUUCCUUCAGUAGAAAUAUGAGUAUUAUACAGUGUUAUGUUAAGAAUCUAAACCAAGGGUGGGGAACCGUUUUCAUUCGAGGGCCAUUUCAAAUUUGUUUGUCCUUCAUGGGCUGUACUAUAAACGCAAACCAGGAAUUCUACCUGCACUUUAGGCCUAUAUUAAAGAUGGCCACCUUUACAACAGACCCCACCUUCAUAGGUCCCCUGAAAAUAUAACUUCAUUAUAUUGUAAAUGAAUUUUCUAAGAUUCCUGAUUUCUGAGAUGCGAAUGCAGUUCCACUCUUUUGUUUCAAUUACUGUAUGAUAUUGCACCAAAUGAGGUCUUCAAGAGAUCAAAAAAGUCACACAGUUGAAAUAGCACCCACGUUGAGCUGCCAUUGUUUUACUGAACAAGUCCCUUCUCUAAUAUGAACAUUUCCAGCGAUUCUGAUUGUCAACUUAAUUUUUUUGCAGCCCUGACAACCAUGUUAGGGUUUUGUAAGCCUGUGUCCCUCUAUGGCAUCAUCAUAUAAAAUUUCAUUAUGAAAUAAUCCCAAUAAAAUACAUUUUCAUGUGAUACUGUUAACCAC